AUGUGUCAUCAAUGUUCAGUGUCAGUGCAAAUUUCUAUCAAUAUUUACCUUCCCGAUCUAGAAAAAUUACUUUGGAACUCUUCUGUAAAGGAAAUUAAAUUAUUAAUUCAACAUGGCGGAAAAAAGAAAAGCAUAAUUACAAUAGAAACGUUAUCCCUUGUGUUUGUAAUGUUUAAACAGUUCCAGUAUUGUUCUCUGUGUCGUUUCAGCCAUAAAAAGAAGAGGAAACAUAUUUAUUCCAUCAGGCAUCAAAAUGUAGUUAAUAAUAUAUUGGAAAAGUAUUUGAAAAAGAUGACUGAAGCCAGGUCCUCUUUAGAAUCUCCACAAAUUCAAAGUUCACAUUUUGAAAGAGGAGCCAAAUUUUGGUGUCAUUUUUGUGCAGAGGAAUAUCUAAAACACAUGGAGCUUGACACGUGUACUGUUAAAUAUGGUGGUCUCCUAGAGCACAUUGCAAGUUUUGACCAUAAGAGGAAAAUGUACAAUUUCUUCUAUGAGAACAAAGUGGAUGAGAGCAAAAGACAUCCAGAUCUAUUCCACAUGCCAGAGGAGGAUCUGAAGAAGUUUCAAGAGAAAGUUGCCAUUUAUGCAAAGAAAUAUGAUGCUGGAAGAAAGGAGAAAAUAGAAAAGACAGCAAUCCGAAUAAAAAUCACAGAGGCUGUUAGGAAACAAAUGGUGCAGUCGCAGCAGUUGUCCAUGGUGCAGCCCCAGAUUAUUGAAAAUACAACUCCUGAAAGAAGAAAUGUUUUGAAUUACGUAAGUCCUGGGACAGUUCUAGAGAAGAAAGCAACAUUGCUAGCCAAAGGUGAUGGACUGACAUUUAUUGGUAGUCAUGUGUACAACAGUAAAGAGGGCAACAUUCACUCAGGAGCCCCUCCUCCCUGGCUGUUGUCCUCAAAUGAGGAGUCUACCAAUAAUGAGAUAGGUCCUACUGAGGAAACUUUUAAGGCUCACUUGGAGAGGGAAAAGAAAAAGAAACUUCCUGCGAACAGAGUGGGUGCCAAUUUUGAUCACCAGCAGAACACAGAUCAGUCAUGGCUUCCAUCCUUUGGGAGGGUGUGGAGUAAAGGGGGCAGGCAGCAGUCAAAAAAGUAUUUCCAAAGACAACAUUCUACAAAGAAGAUUUCACCUAGUUCAACAUAUCAGGCAACUAGUUCAAGAGAAACUGGUUCCUCCAGUUUGACAAAUAAUACUGCAAAUGACCUGCAUUUAGCAACAGACAGUAUAGUUAAUUUCAAUGGUGAAUAUCCUUUUCAUUCUAACAUUGACACCAACUCCUCAAACAUUUCACAAGUGGCCCUGAAUGUGGAAAAUCCAGUUAGUGACUUUUCAGGAUUUCAGCUGGACCAGAGUGGAGUUAUGGGGUCAGAUGCAAGUUUUUCAUAUGUUCCUGGAAAUGUAAAACCAUAUGUGAAAAAACAUAGGAUUGAAAAUUCAACAUCACUCAGUGAAGUUGUUGGGUAUGCAGAGCACCAUGUAUUUGAAUCAUUUCAACAUCAGAAUCAGACUGGUGUUGAAAAUGCAUUUGUGAACCAUUCGUCUAUAUCAAGAAAUGUGAAACCCUACGUUAGAAAACGACAUGUGGAAGAAGCAGGGUCAUCUCAUUCACAACUUGUAGAUUUCAUUCCUAUGAUACCAACACCAAUUUUGGAUGCUCAAUCACAUCCGGCAAAUUCCAAACUAAAGAAAAGAGCAGGAUGAAUUUUGUGUUUGGUUACGUAUUGUUUGUAAACUUGUUUUCUGACUUAUUAUAAAAACAUAUUUAGUAAACACUUUUUCUUUAAUAGAAAAUUUUAAUUAAAACAUGAACACAUUGUACAAAUUGCUCAAGAAAUGUAUAAUGAUUUUUGUAUAAAGGUUAUGUACAAAAGUUUCAACAACAACAAAAAACUGGAUU